GGAAAUAAACUAACUGAACUACCUGCUGAGAUUAGUGACCUCAGGGAGCUGAGGUGGCUGAGUGUGAAUAACAACCAGUUGGUUGGUUUACCUACCAGUAUACAGAGGCUGACCAAGCUUGAAGAGCUGGACUUGAAUGGAAAUAAACUAACUGAUCUACCUGCUGAGAUUAGUGACCUCAGGGAGCUGAGGCAGCUGAGUGUGAGUAACAACCAGUUGGUUGGUUUACCUACCAGUAUACAGAGGCUGACCAGGCUUGCAGUGCUGUACUUGGAUGUAAAUAAACUAACUGAACUACCUGCUGAGAUUAGUGACCUCAGGGAGCUGAGGGAGCUGGAAUUGAGUCAUAAUCCUUUAUCUGUUGACGCAAUAA